CAUUAUUACCAUAAUACCAGUGCAAGUCAAUAGAAGAUAUGCUUCUGUGGUCCUAUAUCUCAUCUUAAGACAGAAUAUCAAUCCUUUCAACCUUCCAUCCCUAUCCUGCUGCUACUGAACCUCUUUCCUUCCCUUCAUGGUCACAUUCUCAAUUUUUUUUUUUUUUUAAGAUUUUAUUUAUUCAUGAGAGACACCAGAGAGAAGGCAAAGACAUAAGCAGAGUCUGGAGAAGCAGGCUCCAUGCAGACAGCCCGAUGUUGGACUCUAUCCCAGAAACCUCGGGUCGCCCCCUGAGCCAAAGGCAGACACUCAACCGCUGAGCCACCCAGGUGUCCCACACUUCGCAAAUUACCCUUGCUGCCUCCCUUUCCUCACCUUAAAUAAUUCCCAGCCCACUCCAGCUCUGGGUUCUGUGCUCUCACUCAAGAUACAAUGAUGAGGGUAUUUAAAUCCAUUGAUAUUUUUAGUUCUUACUUGCCUGACUUCUCAGUAACUUACAUGACACAAUUGACCAGACCCUUGAAACACUUGUUUCUGGGCUUCUUGACAUUCUACUCCUGGUUUUUUCUCUGAUUGUCUAGCUGCUUCUCUGUUUUCUUGGCUGGUGUUUCUUUAGCUCUGUCUUCUGUACCAAAACCUGAAGUUCCUUUGACUACUCAUGUCCUAAGUGAGUGUCAAUAUUAGUAAUACCAUUGAUUAAACUAAACAUCUUUAGAGAUAGCUGAAGAGUUACAUGCAAGGAGAUAGUAUUAAUAACAAUAUAUGUUGUGAUGUUUUUCAAAAAUCUUAAGGCCUUGCGUAUAUUUCAGAUAUGUGUCAUUUUAGACCAGGGACAGUUGCUGCCAUCCUCAAAGAUGAGCCUACGGACCAGUCACUUCAUGAGUAUUUCUCAAACUCCUAUGUUAGUGCCUUAUGAACCAUAUGAAAACAUGGUUCUCACCUCAGGGAGAAGACAAUCAGGUGGAAAAAUAGAACUACAGGAAAUAAAGUCUAAUAUAAGACUACAAGAGUCUAAUAAAUUCUAAAUUGUGAGGUUUGCAGUUAAAGAGCUAAAGAAUGGCAACACACAUGCUUGACAUUGAAUUCUGUGCAAGAAAGAAAAAACUUAAUAUAUUCCUUGCCAACGAGUGGUGGAAAAACUCUUGUGGCUGAGAUUUUAAUGCUACAAGAACUGCUUUGCCGGCGGAGAGAUGUUCUGAUGAUCCUACCAUAUGUGGCAAUUGUCCAAGAAAAGAUUUCAGGUUUGUCAAGUUUUGGUGUAGAACUGGGUUUCUUUGUUGAAGAAUAUGCUGGAAGCAAAGGAAAAUUUCCUCCAAUUAAAAGAAGGGGAAAAAAGUCUCUAUAUAUUGCCACUAUUGAAAAAGGAAAUAGUCUGGUGAACUCCUUGAUUGAAACUGGAAGGAUUAGUAGUCUGGGUCUGGUUGUUGUAGAUGAGUUGCACAUGAUUGGUGAAGGGAGCCGUGGUGCUAUACUGGAAAUGACCCUAGCAAAAGUCCUCUACACUAGCAAAACAACUCAAAUUAUUGGCAUGAGUGCAACACUGAACAAUGUUGAAGACCUACAAAAGUUCCUUCAAGCCGAAUAUUAUACCAGUCAGUUUAGACCAGUUGAAUUAAAAGAAUAUUUGAAAAUAAACGAUGCAAUAUAUGAGGUUGACAGCAAAGCUGAGAACGGAAUGACUUUUUCACGUCUCCUUAAUUGUCAGUAUUCUAAUACCCUGAAAAAGAUGGAUCCGGAUCACUUGGUAGCAUUGGCAACAGAAGUUAUUCCCAAUUAUUCCUGCUUAGUUUUCUGUCCCACUAAGAAGAACUGUGAAAAUGUAGCAGAAAUGAUAUGCAGAUUUUUAAGCAAACAAUAUCUGAAACACAGGGAGAAAGAAAAACAUGAGGUGAUUAAGAACUUGAAGAAUAUCAGCAGUGGCAACUUGUGUCCCAUUUUAAAUCGCACCAUCCCUUUUGGUGUUGCUUAUCACCAUAGUGGUUUAACGAGUGAUGAAAGGAAACUCUUGGAGGAGGCCUAUUCCACAGGAGUUCUGUGCCUUUUUACCUGCACAUCCACUCUAGCAGCAGGUGUUAAUCUGCCAGCUCGAAGAGUUAUUCUAAGAGCUCCCUAUGUUGCUAAGGAAUUUUUAAGGAGGAGUCAAUAUAAACAGAUGAUUGGCAGAGCUGGCCGUGCUGGAAUAGAUUCCAUUGGGGAGAGUAUCCUUAUACUGCAAGAAAAAGACAAGCAACAGGUAUUGGAGUUAAUAAGCAGACCGUUGGAAAACUGUUAUAGCCAUCUUGUUCAAGAAUUCACCAAGGGAAUCCAAACUUUGUUUCUCUCUUUGAUUGGUUUGAAGAUUGCAACGAAUCUUGAUGACAUAUAUCACUUUAUGUGUGGUACAUUUUUUGGUGUUCAGCAAAAGAUUUUAUUGCAAGAAAAAAGUCUGUGGGACAUAACCAUUGAAUCACUUAGAUAUCUGACAGAAAAAGGACUUCUACAAAAAGACACUAUUGAUAAGCCCAAAGAAGAGAUCCAAUAUAGUUUUCAUAUUACAAAACUGGGACGAGCUUCUUUUAAGGGGACUAUAGAUUUGGCUUAUUGUGACAUUCUGUACAGAGAUCUGAAGAAAGGUCUUGAAGGACUUGUUCUUGAAAGCCUUCUUCACCUGAUUUAUUUAACAACUCCCUAUGACAUGGCUUCUCACUGUGACCCCGACUGGAUGAUAUACUUCAGGCAGUUUAGCCAGCUUAGUCCAGCAGAACAAAAUGUAGCUGCUCGUCUUGGAGUCUCUGAAAACUUUAUUGGGAAGAAAGCAUCAGGUCAACCUAUAAAGAAGAAGGUGGACAAGGACAUUGUCAACAGACUGUACCUGUCUUUUGUUCUUUAUACCCUGCUCAAAGAGACCAACAUUUGGAGUGUGUCUGAAAAAUUUAAUAUGCCUCGAGGCUAUAUACAAAGUCUUCUCACUGGAGCUGCCUCAUUCUCCUCUUGUGUGCUGCAUUUCUGUGAGGAACUUGAGGAGUUUUGGGUGUAUAGAGCCCUUUUGGUAGAACUUACCAAGAAGUUGACUUACUGUGUAAAGGCAGAGCUAAUCCCUCUCAUGGAAGUGACUGGAGUUUUAGAGGGUCGAGCAAAACAGUUAUACAAUGCAGGUUAUAAAAGUCUGACGCACUUAGCUAACGCAAAUCCUGAAGUUCUAAUAAGAACAAUUGAUCAUUUAUCAAGACGCCAGGCCAAGCAAAUGGUUUCAUCAGCAAAGAUGCUGUUACAUGAGAAAGCAGAGGCUUUACAAGAGGAAGUGGAAGAGUUAUUGAGAUUGCCUUCUGAUUUUCCCAGUAUUGCAGCCUCUUCUGAAAAGGCAUGAAGCUGUCUGACAAGCAUUUUCAAAUAUGAAUGAUUUAUUGUACAUAUUUUUAUUAAGUAUUCUCUAUCAUUUAUAAAUGAAAAAAUACAUUUUAAUUAUAUAUUAAGAACUGUGGAUGAUGUUUGAAU